GCCGACAAGCCCGGGGACUCGGACGCCGAGCUCGGAGAUUCAGGCCUUUGGUUUUGACGGAUUAGUUCCGCCGUCCUGAAUCCGCGCGAAUCGGUUGAAGCUGCUCGAGGGAGGGAGGCUAGCGAGAUUGGAGGAGAUCGAAUCAGUUGUUGUGGACAAGAUGGUAUGUGGCAAUGCAUUCUUGUAGUUAAAGGUUAAUCCUCUGACAGAGACAUGACUAAACAUCGAUUCAGAGAUUCAAUAAAGUCCUUGUUCGGGAGUCAUAUUGAUUCAGAGGCAGGGGAACAGCUGAAAGGAACUAAAUCAGAAAUUGAGGCCAAGGUGAAUAGGAUCUUGAAGCUUAUCAGAGAUGAACAUCCUGAAGAAGACAACCAGGAUCCAGCUGGGGACUCUAGAAGAAGAUCGCUUGAAGAGUUAGUCAAUGAAUUCCACACAAAAUAUCAGUCCCUGUAUGAAAAAUAUGAUUCUCUCACAGCAGAGCUCAGGAAAAAGGUUAGUAGCAAACGAAGUAAAGAUGAACCUCAUUCGUCAAGCUCUGAUUCAGACUCAGACUCGGACCAUUCCUCAAAGAAAGACGGUAAAAAUGGGCAAUUAGAAAAUGAUCGGGAAAUCACAGCUGACAUGAAGCAGGAACUUGAAACAGCAAAUCUAGAAGUUGCUGACUUGAAGAGGAAGUUAACAAGCAUGACAGAAGAGAGACAUCUGCAGUCUGAAUGCCAAGUAGCUUUGAGCAAGGUACAAGCAGCAGAAAACAGUAUCCAGGAGAUGAACAUCAAAGCUGAAAGGUUAGAGGAGGAAAGAUCCAAGCAUUUUGCUGACAACCAGAACCUGACCGAAAAGCUGGAGAUGCUUGGUAAGGUUGAAGUAGCAAAACAAAGACUGGAGGACAUGACAGUUCAGAAAGAGACCUUGAUGGCAGAGAGAGAGGCUGCCUUGAAAAAGAUUGAAGAGGGAGAAAAAUCUGCUGACUUGAGAAAUUCGGUUGAUCAGAUGAAAGAUGAAAAAGCAGCUCUGGAGCUGGAACUAGAAUCUAUGAAAGGCCAUGUUUCAGAAGUCACCCUGGAAGAAAACAAGUCUCUAGCUUCUAAAGUGUCCGAACUUUUACAUGGCAUUGAGAAUGCACAGAAAAAUAUUGAAGACUUCAACAGUGAAUUGGGAGAAAUGAAGAAAACUUUGGAGGAAAAAGAAAGGGAGCUUUUGGCUUUGACAGAAGUGCAUCAAGUCCAUCAGAAUGAUGCAUCAGCUCAGAUAGAAGGCCUGAAAGCACAGAUAGCAAAUCUUGAAUUGAAACUUGAAACUGUUCAAACUGAGAAAAGGGACGUAGAAGAGCUGAUGGAAAGAAAAUCAACUGAAGCAAAACAACUGGCUGAGGAAAACAUGCGACUGACAGCCCAAGCUGCAGAAUUUGAAGAAAUGUCAAAAGCCAGAGAGGAUGAAAUAUCGGCUCUCAAGAAGAAGCUCGAGGAUAGUGAAAAGGAGUCUCAAAAAUCUCAAGAGCUUUCAGAAACUAUGGUUGAGACAGAAAGAUUGAAGGAGGAGUUGACAAGAAAAACUAUUGAUCAAGAAAAGAUUAUGGAGGAGAAGGAAGGUUUAGUAUGUCGGGUGAAGGACCUGGACCUGGAGACAGCUACUAUGCGCACCCAGAAGGAUGACAUGGAAGAACGAAUAAGAACUAUAGAGAAGGAGAAUGACCUGCUUAGAGAGGAAAAGGAAGAGUUGCAGAGAAAUGUUCUCGAGUUUCAGGAGACUCACGAUGCUCUUCGAGGACACAAAAGUGAAUUAGAAUUGCAGCUUGAAACAAAGACUCGAGAUUUUUCGGAAUUCUCUACUCAAAUGGAGGGCUUGAAACAGCAGCUAGUGAGUGAUAGAGAUCAUCACCAGAAGACAAUGGAAGAGAGAGACAGCAUGACAGCCCGGAUACAGGACCUCAUGCUUGAGGUGGAUUCUCUAAUCAACCACAGAACUCAACUGGAAGAGCAGAUAAAAAGCAAAGGUAUUGAGAGCGAUCAGUUGCGAGAGGAAAUGGGUAGACUACAAGAUAGAGUUCUUGAAUUGGAGAGGAAGCUCUCAGAGAAAGAGGAUGGAUUUUCUGCUCUACAUGAAAAACUAGAACAGGGAGAAACUGAAGCUUCAGCUAAAAUCAUGGCUUUGGAGACACAAAUUAACAAUCUGAGAGAGGAUUUGGAUCUCUUACAGAGUCAGAAAGCUCAGUUGGAACUACAACUUGAAAAAGAGAGACAAGAAUCUUCAGAAAGCAUGGUGCAAUUGGAGAAUCAGAAAAGUGAAGUAACCAACCAGAGUGAAGAUCUGCGGAGAUUGCUUAAAGAGAAGGAGGACUCGCACAAAACGUUGAGUGAGAAACUCAUGCUUGAGGUGGAUUCUCUGAUCAACCACAGAACUCAACUGGAAGAGCAGACAAAAAGCAAAGGUAUUGAGAGCGAUCAGUUGCGAGAGGAAAUGGGUAGACUACAAGAUAGAGUUCUUGAAUUGGAGAGGAAGCUCUCAGAGAAAGAGGAUGGAUUUUCUGCUCUACAUGAAAAACUAGAACAGGGAGAAACUGAAGCUUCAGCUAAAAUCAUGGCUUUGGAGACACAAAUUAACAAUCUGAGAGAGGAUUUGGAUCUCUUACAGAGUCAGAAAGCUCAGUUGGAACUACAACUUGAAAAAGAGAGACAAGAAUCUUCAGAAAGCAUGAUGCAAUUGGAGAAUCGGAAAAGUGAAGUAACCAACCAGAGUGAAGAUCUGCGGAGAUUGCUUAAAGAGAAGGAGGACUCGCACAAAACGUUGAGUGAGAAACUCAUGCUUGAGGUGGAUUCUCUGAUCAACCACAGAACUCAACUGGAAGAGCAGAUAAAAAGCAAAAGUAUUGAGAGCGAUCAGUUGCAAGAGGAAAAGGGAAGACUACAGGCUAGAGUUCUUGAAUUGGAGAGGAAGCUAUCAGAGAAAGAGGAUGGAUUUUCUGCUCUACAUGAAAAACUUGAACAAGGAGAAACUGAAGCUUCAGCUAAAAUCAUGGCUUUGGAGACGCAAAUUAACAAUCUGAGAGAGGAUUUGGAUCUCUUACAGAGUCAGAAAGCUCAAUUGGAACUACAACUUGAACAAGAGAGACAAGAAUCUUCAGGAAGCAUGAUGCAACUGGAGAAUCAGAAAAGUGAAGUAGCCAACCAGAGUGAAGAUCUGCGGAGAUUGCUUAAAGAGAAGGAGGACGCGCACAAAACGUUGAGUGAGAACCUUAUGCUUGAGGUGGAUUCUCUAAUCAACCACAGAACUCAACUGGAAGAGCAGAUAAAAAGCAAAAGUAUUGAGAGCGAUCAGUUGCAAGAGGAAAAGGGAAGACUACAGGAUAGAGUUCUUGAAUUGGAGAGGAAGCUAUCAGAGAAAGAGGAUGAAUUUUCUGCUCUACAUGAAAAACUUGAACAAGGAGAAACUGAAGCUUCGGCUAAAAUCAUGGCUUUGGAGACACAAAUUAACAAUCUGAGAGAGGAUUUGGAUCGCUUGCAAAGUCAGAAAGCUCAAUUGGAACUACAACUUGAAAAGGAGAGACAAGAAUCUUCAGAAAGCAUGAUGCAAAUGCAGAGUCGGACAAGUGAAGUAGCCAACCAGAGUGAAGAUCUGCGGAGAUUGCUUAAAGAGAAGGAGGAUUCACACAAAACGUUGAGUGAGGAACAUACACUAGUUGGAGGCUUUUUUCGUAAGUGCAAGGAAAGCCUUGAGCGGGCAGAAACUAAGACGAAAGAAAUGGAAGCUGAGUUCCGCUCAAAAUUCCAUUCAAGGGACCAGAUGGUGGCUGAUUUGGAAGAAAUGGUUGAAGAUUUGAAGAGAGAUCAAGAAUUAAAAGAAGAAGAAAUCAGUUCCUUAACUGAGAAUGUACGAAAUAUCGAGGUUAAGCUCCGUCUCUCAAACCAGAAGCUUAGGGUCACAGAGCAAUUGCUGACUGAGAAGGAAGAGAGCUUCAGGAAAGCCGAAGCAAAAUUCCAACAAGAACAGAGGGCUCUUGAAGAAAGGGUUGCGGCCUUGUCUGAAACAAUUGCCUCAAACAACGAAGCCUAUCAGAAAAUGAUUACAGAAGUCUCCAAAGAAGUAAACAGCAGCUUGAUUGCAUGGGAAGCUGUUGUCCAGAAAUUCGACACAGAAUAUGACAACUACAGAAACUGCAUUUUGGAAGUCUACAAUGACUUGAACAUUGUGAAGAGCUGGGUAAGAGAUGCGAAUGACGCGAAACGUCAACUAGGGAGGAAGUUCCUCGAGAAGUUAAAGGUGCAAGCCAGCGAGGAACAAGCCGAAAAGGGGAAACUGACUAUAGCUCUAAACAGGAUCGAGAAAAAGGCUGAGGAACUCGAGACGACAUUGAAGGACAAAGACGAGUCGAUCUUCGGUCUCGGGGAAGAGAAGAGGGAGGCGAUCAGGCAACUCUGCAUCUGGAUUGACUAUCAUCGCAGCCUCAAUGAUGACCUCAAGGAAAUGCUAGCCAAGACGGUAACAGCCAGAGGCCAGAGGGCAGCCGCAGGCUCUGACUUUGUUUUAUUUCUAUUCGCAGAUUCGUUCCGGUGUGUCAACAUUUUUUUCCUUGAUUGUUGA